AUGGUCGAGCGCCGCUCGCCGCGCAAGCGCAUCAGCUUCGGGUUCCCGAGCGGCGAGCUGCGCAUCAAUCCGCUCGCGGACGAGGACUGCGAGGUCGCGCGGCCCGUCGACGACGCCGUCGCGACGCCGGUGCUGACCGCGGGCUGGGCGCCGGCGCUCCUGCGGCACCGCGUGGCGACGGACCCGGACACGCCGCGGUCGUCCGUCGCCGCGAGCCCCUACCCGCUCGAGGCGUCGCUCGCCUUCCCCGCCGGGCUGACCUUCGACGAGCUCCUGGGCGACCUCGGCGCGCCCGCCGGCGACCUCGUCGUGCCCAACUGCUUCACCUGGUCGGCGGCGACGCGCGAUUUUAGUUUUCACUACCGCGAGGCCGGCGCGUCGCCGCGCGCCGCGUGCGCCUUCAGGGUCGCGGCGCCGCCGGGCGACCAGGCGCUGACGGCGGUGGCGCAGUGCCGCGAGCGCUGGGGCAUCAACUGGAGCUCCGUCGUCAUCGUGAGCCGCGGCGGCUGCCCGCGGCUCGUCUACCUGCCCGGCGAGGGCACCUACGACCCCGCGGGCAGCUCCGAGGACGACGUGCCCGAGUCGCUGGGCGAGGACUGCGCGGCGGCCCUGCUCCUCGUCGCCGCGGGCCUGCUCCGGGCGCUGUCGCUCGGCGCGACCCUGGCCCAGCUCGAGGCGGUCUUCGCCGUGGCGCUGCCCGUCUUCGUCGAGGCGCACGGCCGCCGCCACCUCGCGGCCUUCGUCUUCGAGCAGAUCCGGGCCGUCGUCCAGCUCCGCGACGCGCGCUACCCCGAGUUCCUCAAGGCCGCGGCGGCGCGCGGCGACCUGGACCUCGGCGACCCGGGCCGGCGGCACACGCGCGCGUACCUCGCGAGUUACGACCGCUGCUCGCCGGAGCCGCCCGUCGAGUACCUGGACCUCGUGUCCAUCGGCGGCUGCCACGUCCUCGAGGGCGCGCCGGCGCUCCCGGAGGCGGCGCCGGAGCUCCACCGGGCCGUCGAGACGCGGGCCUACGGGCGCGUCGCCAGGGCCAUCGCGGACGGCGACGUCGACGUCGCGUGCGGCGCCGGCGACACGGCCCUGCACGUCGUCGCGCGGCUCCUCUCGACGGAGGCCGUGCUCGACCACGAGCCCGUCUGGUUCGACUACGCGGCGCUCUGCCUCGAGCUCCUCCAUCGCGGCGCGGCGCUCCGCAAGAACGGCGCGGGCGACACGCCCGCGUCCGCGCUGCCGACGCGGCGCGCGCUGCGCCACCUGCUCUACGGCACCGCGUCGGCGCUGGACCCGCUCAAGGGCAAGGCGCGGCAGCUCGUCGCGCCGCCGCGGAUCUGA